AUGCCGACACAUUGGAGGUAUGUUGAUGGCACCGACGCACCAUUGCUAAUUCAGCACGACUUUGGUCCGACGAGCUACGCGAUAUGGCUCACGGAUCUUACCUAUAUAUGGACAGAAUCUUUGGAUAGGAGACGAAUCAUUCAGAAUGCCUUUUCUCUAGACACUAGCAUUGACCCUUCUGAAGAUCACAGUCAAAUGCGAUCGUUGCUUUCCUGUGUACAAAAAGCUCUUGACCAAGAUGCCGGCACCGAUCUUCAAAUAGUAUUUGAAGAUGGAGGAAAUUGCAUUGCGCUGCGUCUGACGGUUCCUUUGCCUGCGUCUCUACCUGCUUUGCAAUGGAAUGUGAACCUCCAAAAGUGCCCUCAAGCCGAAGUCACUCGAAAACUUGUUGUACCCUUGCUCGUAGAUCGGACACAAGCCAUGAGUGAGAGAAGAUCACUGAUACAGCAAAUCAAGGACAAGGACAAUAUUAUCUCAAAAUUGGUCAGUCAGAUGCAGGCCGAUGGCUGUGAUCUAAGCAAGGCCUUUCCGGGAGCCUUGACCACGAAGUCAAGUACCAAAGCGAACGUAAGACAAUUAGCAAGCAAAUCCGUGAAAGGCUUCGCACAAUUCGAGGAGAAAUCAUGGCAAACUCAUGUAUCUCAAAACAGCGACACAGGCUCGAAUUUGCAGGGCCUCGUAUCUAAUAUCUCUCCGUUGAGAUCUUUCGGAGGGUUGGAAUCAUUCAACCGAGCAGGUGAACCUGCUGCAACGAGGGCUGGGGAGCAUCCACCCCAUAUGUUAAAUGCACUUCAGAACGCUUCAUCGUCUAAUGUGACGACAGAAGAUAAUCGUCUACUUGAUGAAGGAGAAUUUCAGAGACAAGUGACGCCGCCACCAAUAUCAAGACAGCUUACUGAGCCUUUGAACUCUUCGAAGCAACCGCAGGAUUCGCAUCAGGAGAGAACUUUGGACGAAGACUCUACCACAGACGAUGAGGAUGACGAUCUCGCGCCAUCUACUAGGGAAGUGCCAACGUCAGCCGUCUCUCCCACAAAGAAGCCCCAGCAUCCAGUCCAAUCAUCCGUGCCCAAUUUUGAUCAAAGUUCAACUAACGAAUCUGGCUCAGCACCUAGCUCACCACUACUGCAAAGAUCACUUUCACCACAUCCGGAAGCUGCGUUAUCAGUUCGCGGUGGAUUAGGAGUGGACACGACCUCGCCAAAACCGAAAUCAAAGCUGGGGAAGAUUGGGGGGAAGAAGAAAGCUGAAACUGCGAACCAAUCCCAACCAUCUCAGGAUGCACUUGCAAUGCGCUCCAAGUGCACCGAAUCACCUUCAGAGAUUCUCGAAAAGCAUAGACAUGGAGUGGGUAGCGAUAUCCGUUCAUCCCCUCGAAAAGCAGACUCAAGAGGCCGCCAAUCUGUACCACCAAGACAGUCUCCAACCCCGCGUGAAAAUUCCCAGGAGCGUGCAGACAGGAAUCGCGAGCGACUCAAGCGAGAACUAGAUACUAAAAGUCAUGCAGCGACGAAGAAGAAGCGUAAAUUUUGA